AUGUUGUGGCUUUGUUGGCACAUUUGGAAGGCUCGCAAUGAUUACAUCUUUAACCAUGUUCCAGUGGAUCCAACGGAAGUAAUUUUCAAGGCAGCUCGGGAUGCCAUGGAAUUUGUGACAGCCCAAGUGAUGUUGGCGACCUCUCCUAGUGUUUUCAGGCAGGCAAGUGGUGUCAACCAAGCAUGGGUCUCCUCUGCACAGGGGACUUUUAGAGUCAACUGUGACGUGGCUAUCCAACCUGAUACAAAAGUAGGUGCGGUGGUUGCUUUGUUGCGUAAUGAUCAAGGGACACUUCUUGACGGGGUUGCAAUGAAAGCCGCUAUCGCUUCGGUGCUUCAGGGUGAAGUGUUGGCAAUUCGUUUGGCCUGCGUUAUGUGUGACACCCUACAUCUCAGUCGAGCGGAGGUUGAAGGGGAUAAUCAAGGAGUAAUCAAGCUGAGUGUUUCUGAGGAUGCCCCUCCUUGGGAGUGUGCUGCCCUCGUUGCUGAUAUCAAGGCUCUAGCACACAAGCGUGGUCUCUCUUUUAGAUGGUGCCCUCGCAGUGCUAAUAGUGCAGCGAACUGGGUUGCACUAGCUAGACUAGGAGGUUAUCUUCCUGUAAAUUGGGUGACAUGCCCUCCUCUCCUGCUUGUUUCUAGUUUAUCUAUGAAUGAAUCUUAA